AUGUUCGCAUUUAUUUUAAUUCAUUCAUCCCUGAAACCAUUCGCAUAUUUUUCUUUCUAUGACAGUCUCUUUCUUUCUUUCUUUCUUUCUUUCUUAUCUAUCUAUCUAUCUAUCUAUCUAUCUAUCUAUCACAAUAUUUUUCUUUCAAUGUUCAUCAUUCAUUCUUUCUUUCUUUCUUUCUUUCUUUCUUUCUUUCUUUGUUCCUUAUCUAUCUCUCUAUCUAUCUAUCACAAUAUUUUUCUUUCAAUGACCAUAUUUCUUUCUUUUUGUUUUUACUUUAAUCUUUCUUUCUUUCUUUCUUUUCGUUUGUUUGCUUCAUCUUCUUUUUUUUCCUGGCUUUCUAUUUUGCUUUCUACUUUAAUUUACUUUUUCUUUGUUUCUUUGUUUCUUUCUUUUCGUUUGUUUGCUUCAUUUUCUUUUCUUUCCAUGGCUUUCUAUUUUGCUUUCUGUUUUACUAUAUCUUUCUUUCAUUCAUUCAUUCUUUCUUUCUUUCUUUCUUUCUUUCUUUCUUUCUUUCUUUCUUUCUUUCUUUCUUUCUUUCUUUCUUUCUUUCUUUCUUUCUUUUGCCUUGUGUCCGUUACCUUUCUCAUUAUAAAUUAA